AGGCUUCUAUAUCUUUUUUUCUUUCGUUCUUUUUUCUUUUUAAAAUGGUUUCCAGGAAAUCUCUGGCGAAGCCUCCCCCGAGUGCUAACUUAGAUGUGAAACCUGCCAACAAACUCCGGCGUCAACUCCUUCAUGUACAGCGGAAGCGGCUCAAGGACUCCACCCGGCGAGCAGAACGAUAUAGGAUAAAGAAAGAAGAAGCCAAAAAUCCAAAACUCAAGCAAGAUCGCUUACAGCGAAAUAUCCCGCUUACUCUUGAUCGUAAGAGAGUAUGGGAUAAAGCUAACAGCGAUGCUGAUGAUGGUUUGGGAUUGAGUGUCGACGUGGAGCGCAUCAAGAAACAGAGGCAGGAAGAGGAGGAGGAAUUGAACAAGCCAUUAGAGAAUUCGAAUGAGUUGCAAGUUUGUUCGGAUGACCAGGACGAGGUAGACAGCAUGUUAGCCAGCAGUGAUGAAGAAGGAGAAGGAGAAGAAGAGGAUGCGAACAGCGACACCGACGGCAAGUCUCGGAGGUUUUCUAAAUCAUCUCUUCCCUCCGCUACAGAGCGCGCAACGAGUCCGACUCAAUCGACCAAGAGUACAAAUCUCAAUUUGGCCCCGGAGACUUUGGCAGCUAAAUUUCCAUCGCUAUUUCCGUCUGAAGCACCGCCGACACCCAAGAUUCUCAUCACGACCUCUCUGAACUCGACCCUCCACAACGAAGCCAAAGCCCUUACGGACCUUUUCCCUAAUAGCCAGUAUAUCCGCCGCACCGCGCACCGUUACUCACACAAGUUUUCAUUAAAAGAAAUAGCAAAGUUUGCUUCAAACCGUAGCUACACUGCUGUUUUGGUCCUCCAGGAAGAUUCCAAGCGACCAUCCGGCCUCGAUGUUAUCCACUUGCCCAAAGGUCCCAUGGUCCACUUUACUAUCAGCAACUGGGUAGAAGGCAAAAGAAUCCCUGGACAUGGUGUGGGCACUGAGCAUUGGCCUGAAUUGAUUCUGAACAAUUUCCGCACACCACUUGGGAUUUUGACGGGUGCUAUUUUCCGGUCAAUGUUCCCACCACAGCCCAACAUUGAGGGGCGUCAGGUCGUCACAUUGCAUAACCAGCGUGACUAUAUCUUUGUCCGCAGGCAUCGGUACAUCUUCCGUGAAAAGCGUGAGACAGAGAAGAGUGUAGUUGAUGCAGAUGGGAAGGAGAUGAAGGGAGCCGAAGGAAUUAGGGCAGGCCUUCAGGAAUUAGGGCCUCGGUUUACGUUGAAACUACGAAGGAUCGACAAGGGCAUUCAAAGGGCAAGUGGGCAGGAGUGGGAAUGGAAGGCAGGGAUGGAAAAGCAGCGGACAAAGUUCCAGCUAUGAUUCCUAUUACAUUGCUCGGAGUUAGGGUUAGAUUCAACAAAAAAGCGGUGGGGUUCGUCGGAUAUAUUGCUUGUAGAUAUUAGUCAAAAUUA